AUGGAGCAUAGCCGAGAGAGGUGCAAUAAAAACACGCUCCAGCACGCCAUCGGACCCUUUCUGGUUCUGUCACAAUUUCUUGGCGUGUUUCCCGUUUCCGGCGUCUGGCCCAGCGCCCCAGUCGAGAAUGUCCGCUUCCGCUGGCUGUCGCCGUCUCUUCUGCUCAGUGUCAUCAUAUUGGUAUUUGCUAUCAUGGAUCUUGGACUCUCUUCGAAAGUGGUGGUCGAUCAUGGACUUAAGAUCUACACCAUAGGCUCGCUAAGCUUCAGCGUCAUUUGCAUUGCCUGCUUGAGCAUUUUCCUGUCUCUGUCGCAUCGAUGGCCGCAUCUCAUCCGGCGGACGGCGCACUGCGAGCUGGUCUUUUUGCAGCCCGGAUACGAUUGCCAUUGGGGUCGACAAUACGGACGCCGACUGCGCCUUUGGGGCGUGGGCAUGCUGGUGGCCGCCCUCUGUGAGCACUCGACGUAUGUGGGGAGCGCCCUGUAUGGGAAUUAUCAGCAGAUUCACGAGUGCAAACUGGACGUGGACUUCUGGCUGAACUACUUUCAGCGGGAGCGACAGGAGCUCUUCUCGGUGUUUCACUUCAAUGUGCCUCAGGCGCUUUUCAUUGAAUGGACCACGCUGGCCAUGACUUUCGUUUGGAACUUCGUGGACAUCUUUCUGACACUGCUCUGUCGCAGUCUGCAGUUCCGCUUCCAGCAGUUGCACUGGCGCAUACGUCGACACUCCGGGCAGCAGAUGCCCAGCGAAUUUUGGGAGCAGCUGCGCUAUGAUCUGUUGGAUCUGUGCGACUUGCUCAGGCUAUACGACAAGGAGCUCUCGGGCAUGGUUAUUCUGGCCUGUUCACACAACAUGUACUUUGUCUGUGUACAGAUGUAUCACAGCUUUAAGGCAAGGGGCAGCUUUAUGGAUGAGUUGUACUUCUGGUUCUGCCUGAUUUACGUGAUUGGCCGCCUUUCCAACAUGAUGUUCGCUGCUUCCUCCAUUCCACAGGAAGCCCAGCAAAUAUCGUACACCCUCUUUGAAAUACCAACAGAACAUUGGUGCCUAGAGCUGUGGCGAAUACAGGAAAUUAUAUUGACGAAUCGGUUUGCCUUGAGCGGAAAAGGAUAUUUCUUUCUAACCAGACGUCUCAUUUUUUCGAUGGCUGCUACUCUGAUGGUCUACGAGCUGGUGCUAAUCAAUCAAAUGAAUGGCUCUGAGGUGCAGACGAGCAUUUGCAACCGAGGCGCUGGCGGCUCUAAAAGCAUAUUCUAUUCCUAG